CUCGGCAAAGUUUUCGGCAUUGAAUCGCAUGUCCUGUCUCCGGAGGAAACCAAACAGCUCUACCCCUUGAUGAACGUGGACGACCUCUACGGAACCCUCUACGUCCCGGGGGACGGCACAAUGGACCCUGCGGGGACCUGCACGUCCCUCACUCGGGCAGCCAGCAACCGAGGGGCUCUGAUCAUUGAAAACUGCCCCGUGACUGGCAUUGAAGUCAGGACAGAUGACUUUGGGGUCCCACGAGUGGCGGCUGUGCUGACGAAACAGGGAGCCAUCCAGACGUCCUGCGUGGUCAACUGCUGUGGUAAGGAAGGCGCCCCAAUCGGCUCCUGCAAAAGAGGGGCUGGGACUCCUGCGGUCUGAAUGCAGGCUUAGCCAGUGUAGAACUGGGAUACACUGGGUUCUGUGUCAGGAGAAGGGAGUGGGAAAAAGGAGUUCCUAAAAUCUUAUUGUCAACUCAUAAAACAUUCCUAUGCCUGUUUUAGUAGUUGCCAUAAAAAGGGGGGGGAAGCGUACAUUCCACACUUACCUUACAAAGAUUGUAACUAAGCUACUGAAUCUUCUGCCUGGGAAAAUCCUUAAUUGGAGAAUAUAAUUGAUAUCACCCAGCCCGUGAAUGGGCUCAAUUGGAGAAUCUGUUUUAUGAGACCCUGGGGAGAGGGGGAGAAACAGGGUCACAGGUGAUUGUAAA